AUGUUUGAAGAGCUUCACCGAACUCAUCCAGUUCACCUCACUAAUGAUAAGCGAAAUAAAUUCCAUUUUCUAAUCUCCCACAAUGUGAAUUAUCGAUUAAUCGGAGAGAUCGAGGCACAGCUUGGACGCAAAUUUUCAUCAGGAGAAAGAAACCUUCUCCUACGACGUUUAGAGGAGGAAUAUAAAAAGCGGCCAAUUCAGGAUGAAUCAUAUGAAUACUGGCAUGUAAAGCAACAAAAAGCAACCGUAAGCGAACAGACAACUGCAGAAGACGGGGGGAAGAGGAGAAAGAGGCAAAGAACUAGUGAAACGUCUCAGGAAGACUUCGAUGAGGAGGUCAAAAAAACAUUGUUAAAAGAGCUCGCAGAAGAAAAACUGGACUCCGACUUCCUUGACAAAGCCAGAAACUUACUAUCUGGUCAACUGGCCAACUUGAUCCAAAAUGAGAACGUGAGCACGAGUUCCCUGUCUAGUUCUUCAAACUCAGAUCAUUCGGACACAUCGGAUUCAGAUUUGGAAGACACAGAGACGACAUCCAAUAAUUUAAUAAGCAACAAAGGUGAUAUCACCCCUGACUUGAAUUGGGAUGACGAAGCACAUCCUGAUUCAAAUUAUGCAAUUCAGAAAUUGAAGCAAUGGGAAUCAGGGUUUGACGUGCUGCGGACCUGGGCAAGAGAUCAGUACCAAAUAAAGACAUGGGGAUUGGAGUAUUUGCAAGACAGCUGCGAAGUUGUAAGCUCCUCUUUAAAGAAACAGCACAUCAAAUCCUUAACGACCUUGUUGCAUGUCAAUAUAUUACGCCGAAAAUGGAAUAAUGCUCAUAAGAUUCUAUGUAUGAUCAUAAGAUUUGAUGCAGCAGAUCUAAGGGCAUUAUGGCCACUUGCGGUUGAAAUCUUGGCCAGACAGAAAGAAAAAAUGAGACUGCUAGGAACUGUUUCGAAGUUGGAAUUGCUCAAGGAACGGCAAUUCCUAGAAUGGCUUUCACUCUCAUUCCCCGUCUCACAUAAUCCAGUGUAUUCUUCAUACUCAUUUCUGGGACCAGUAUAUCGUUCUGCCAAUCGGAGGUAUGCUCCAAUCUACGUCAUUUCAUUGUUAUGGGAGCUCUUGGUGGAGCAAAAUUACGCCAAAUUACGAGAUAUGACUGAGGACUUAUUAUUACAACCACCGUACUCCACUGAUGGAGUUUUCCACUUUCUUUUGGCACUAUGUAAUAUUGCAGAAAGUAUACACUUAGUAUCUUGUUACAUCAGUUUUGAUGAUAACAGUCAUUCGCUCGCAGAAAAUGAGGAAAUAGGAGACUUGGCUGAAGAUAUGAUGUUAAUGGGUUCCAAGGAAACUAUCAAGUCUCGAAUAGUUAGCAACCUUUCAAAGUCAAUGAAGCAUCUUGAAUCAUGUCGAAACUUUCAUUUCGAAUAUCCAAAGGAGCUUAUUGAAAGUGAGAUUAAUAGCUUGUCACUUGCUAUACGUGAAAAUCAUUUCAAUUUUGAUGAAAACGAAAUUUCCAUUAUUGCGGCCUUUCAUGAUAAAUCAGGUUACAUACUCCAGAAUGGCAAAGUGCACGAGGGAUUUGGCUCAAGUGUUUUGAAGGGUAAGUAUCUCAAGAAACUAGUUGCUGGUACCAGAAAUACAAAAGCUACUAAUCGUUCUUGGGUGUGGAGUUGGAUGCGACUAGGUAUGGAAGAGUCCAAUCUUUGUGUGUGUGAGAUAUGCGGAGAACAUGUAUUGAAGGCUAAAACAUCGAACAAGAAACUUGAAGACCACCUUGGACAACACAACAUAAAUAGGGCCACGAUUGUUCCCCUCUCAAAAUCUCGGACCAAAAGGUAUGGGGAAUUAUUCAGGGAUAUGGUCUCAGCUCAGUUUGAUACAAGAGAGUCAGGAGCUUCUAAGAUUGACUACAGAUCUGGAUCAUCAAAUUUGAGCCACUCACAUCGAGCAAAUCAUAACGCCGAAAUUACCAAUCUGAGCCCCACCAACCGAAAUGACGUAUGGGAAUCGCUGGACCUGUUUCAGCAUUCCUCUCUAGUCCAAGACAUCGAGGACGGUGAUAAUGGGCUUCAAGCUCUGCUCGAAGGUGCUGUUUUGAAAGAGGAGAAAUGUGGAUCAGUGAAAGGUGUAGACCCGCCGGUGAUGAAACCUUCUCAAGGAGAAUAUGCCCUUUCAAAAGUUGCAAAUUCACUUAGUCAUGACAGCUCUAAUGACGGAAGUUUCUCUGCAAAUGGCUCUAAUGGUCUUGAUGAAGUUACGUCACGAGGUACUGUUGAUGAUAUUCGCAGGUAUCAAUCAUUUAGCCCUGACUCAACUUUUGAGGCUCCUGGAGAUGGUGACAUAAGCAGAAACUUUCAUCAAUUUGCAUCACAGACACAAGAGAAGUACGUUGAUUGGAUUCCUCAAGGUACACAGAGCUCGAUGGAUGAGUUAACUUCUCAAGCCAUUUUGAACAGCUUCAACGACACCGGCGAGAUUCGGGAGGGAAUUUCAGUGGAAGUGAAAGAUAACUCGGACACCCAGGUCAAGGAAGAAGACCUAGACAAUUAG